AUGGCAACCAGGGUUUACAUUGGUCGUCUUGCAAGAGAUGCUCGUGAACGAGAUGUCGAAAAACUCUUUCGUAAUUACGGCACCAUCAGAGAAAUAAAAUUGAUGAACGGUUUUGGUUUUGUUGAGUUUCGAGACCACCGUGAUGCUGAUGAUGUUGUUUAUGCUUUUAAUGGAAAGAGUUUUAUGGGUGAAAAUCGGUUCGCUCCUCCGCAAAGAAAUCCUCAAUAUCGAUUAAUUGUGGAAAAUUUGUCAUCAAGCUGUAGCUGGCAGGGGACAAAUCUGGGAACCGUCCAACGUUUAUCUUCCAUACUUCGGAUAGAAAUAGUCCAAAUUAAAUUAGAAAUUGUUGUUUCUUAUGCCUGGAAGGAAGAGAUAUUUUGGUUACCUUUACUGCCUUCUUUGGAUAUGCCGACUCUUGUUCCUUCCAUUGGCAUAUUUAUUUUGGUUCUUCAUAUAUGGAAUUACAAGAGCCCUAGAGGAUCUUUGAAGCACAACGAUCUGAAGGACCUAAUGCGAAAAGCAGGUGAAGUGACCUUUGCCGAUUGCCACAAAGACCGCGAUGGGGAAGGUGUGGUUGAAUUUUCCUCGUACGAAGAUAUGAAGAAUGCAAUUAGAAAACUUGAUGAUACGGAACUAAAAGGCAAACGUAUCAUUCUUCGUGAAGCUCCGUCGCCUGCUAAUGGUAAGGACGCCGCCUCGCGCUCAGUUUCACCUCGCCGUCGUGAUGAUUCCCGCAGCCCAAAAAGAAGUCGUUCCCAAAGUGGUGAACGUGAACGCGUUGAUGACAAGGAGAUGAAAGAAGAUUGA